AUGGGCGCUCCCUUCCCAACACGGCGUGAGCCUCCCCUCGCCUGGACACGCAACGCCCGACGAAGUGCACAUCGAGAAUUCACGAUGCCCAGCAUCAGGGACAGUCAUAACCAAGUCAGGAAAUCCACAAUUGCACCGCUCUGAUGGGACGACAGCAGAAAAUCGCACGAUCAAUCGUACGGGCAAUCGCCGAGCCUUCUGCAAAUCAGAAGCGCCCAGGCAACGCUCUUGCUGUGAUUCUGGCGCUGUUGUCGGCAUUCUUCUCGCUCUACCAGCUCGUCCUGCGCAGGAUCAGUCCCGAAGACUUUUCCAAUGUCCGCCGGAGACACUGGAAUGUCAGCGACGAUGACUAUAUCAAGUCGUUUCAGCCGCGCGAAGGCAGGCAGAGGGAGGAGGCCCUCAAAGCUGUAGGGGACAUGGGAUUCUCUGGAUCGACAUUCUACUCCACCGCCGACCAGAAACGCCUCGUCAAGUCGGUCCCACGGCAUUCUGAACACUCGUAUUUCCGCGAAGACCUCCUGGAUCCGUACGUCCAGCACAUGGCCACCCAUCCGCGGUCCCUGCUGGUUCGAAUAUACGACUUCCUUGCGGUAUCCGGUCCGUCACUAGGGCGGCUUUUCCGCUGUGCGCCUUCUCACCACAUUGUUAUGGAUAAUAUCCUGUACGGCCAAGAGGAGGCCAAGAAGCGCGGCGAGCUGGAGUGGGAACACUGGGACCUGAAGCCCACGUCGUAUUUCUACCCUGAGCGAGACAUCGCCGGCGGCGCUCUCGCGAGCGAGGCCACCAAGAGUCGUCUUGCCGAUGAAUUCCACGACAAGAUCGUCCUCCGUCGCGAACAAGCAGAGGAUUUCUUCGCCAGCUUGGAUGCGGACACACAGCUGCUAGCAGAGCACAACGCCGUCGACUACUCCCUCUUUCUCGUGCGCAUUCGCACAGCCCAGCCAGCGGCAGUUUUCUCGGGUUCGUCAGGCUCGCAGUCCGUCUCGGACUCUUCUUCGCCGACCUGGAGAACGGGCGUUAUGUCGGCAGACGGGAAACACGUGUUUCGCGCCUCCAUCCUGGACUUCUUCUGGGCCAAGCACAAGAUCCAGCCGCGGCUGAUGACGCUGCUGAUCAGGCUCUGGAACGUGCUGGUCAGCAAACACGGCCACAUGAGCAUCACUACCACGCCGGACGAGUAUCGCGGGCGGUUCCUCAAGAUGUGCAGGAGCAUUGUCGAAAUCAGGGAGGAUUGACUUGUUGUAGUUACUCUGUUGAGGACCGCACUUGGUGCCAGUGGUUGUAGUUGGCUAGCUAAUUCAAAGUUCGUCGCCUGGUGAGUCUAGUGAUGGUUGUUGUCCGUUUCCCCCCUUUCAAAGCUGCC